GUGGCUGGGCCCCUGGGAUCCCCCAGCCGGGGACUUCCUCUUCCUCUCAGAGCAGGUGUAGCUGCCACAGCGUGACAGGGACUACACCCUGACCCCCAACAUGGAGGGGGCCAAGGGGCCUAGACUCAAAGACUUCCUGAGUGGGAGUCUGGCCACCUGGGCGCUGGGACUGGCUGGGCUGGUGGGGGAGGCAGAGGAAUCAGCGGGGACAGAGGAGGAGGAUAAGGGGCCUCUUUGUACAGAGAAGAGAUUCCUGCAGCUGAGUGAUGGGGCCUUACUCCUUCGGGUGCUGGGCAUCAUUGCUCCUAGUUCCCGAGGAGGAGGUCUUCGGGUGAUCAGGAGCCAUGAUGGUCCUGCAGCCUGUCGGAUGUGGAACCUCCAUCAUCUGUGGGGGCGACUGAGAGAUUUCUAUCAGGAGGAACUGCAGCUGCUGAUCCUGUCACCGCCCCCAGACCUUCAGACACUGGGGUUUGACCCCCUUUCAGAAGAGGCAGUGGACGAGUUGGAAGGCAUCCUUCGGCUGUUGUUGGGGGCCUCCGUGCAGUGUGAACAUCGGGAGCUCUUCAUCCGUCACAUCCGGGGCCUGAGUCUUGAUGUCCAGAGCGAACUGGCCACUGUAAUCCAAGAGGUGACCCAGCCUGGUGCUGGUGUAGUACUGGCUCUGGCUGGACCAGAGUCUGGAGAGCUGGUGGCUGUGGAGUUGGAGAUGCAGUUACGGAACCUGAUGGGGACGAUGUCCAGGCUGGUGCGAGAACGUGAUCUGGAGGCACAGCGGUUGGCUGAACUGCUUCUGGAGCGGGAGCCAGCCCGCUUGCUGUUGCCAGAAGCUCCUGCUAAUGCUUCUGCGGAGGGUCCCUCACACCAUCUGGCUCUGCAGCUGACCAACGCCAAGGCCCAGCUGAGACGACUGCGGCAGGAGGUGGAGGAGAAGGCGGAGCUGCUGCUGGACUCCCAAGCAGAGGUGCAGGGCUUGGAGGCUGAAAUUCGAAGGCUCCGCCAGGAGGCCCAGGCACUGUCCGGACAAGCCAAACGCGCCGAGCUCUACCGCGAGGAGGCAGAGGCACUGCGCGAGCGGGCCGGCCGCCUGCCACGCCUGCAGGAGGAGCUGCGGCGCUGUCGUGAGAGGCUGCAGGCAGCCGAAGUCUUCAAGGGCCAGCUGGAGGAGGAGCGGGUGCUUUCUGGGGCCCUGGAGGCCUCCAAGGCAAUGCUGGAGGAACAGCUGGAGGUGGCCCGAGAGCGCUCGGCAAGGCUGCAUGAGACCCAGCGGGAGAACCUGCUGCUGCGCACGAGGCUGGGCGAGGCCCAUGCGGAGCUGGACUCUCUGCGGCAUCAGCUGGAGCAGUUGGUGGAGGAAAAUGUGGAGCUGGAGCUGGAGCUUCAGAGGGGCCUGGAGCCACCCCCAAGCUCCCCUGGGGAGGCCCCCCUAGCCCCCCUACCCGGAACAGCACCUUCACUGCACGAUGAGGUGAGGGAAGCGGAGGCUGGGCGGCUAAGGACAGUGGAGCGGGAGAAUCGGGAGCUUCGAGGCCUGCUGCAGGCGCUCCAGGAGCAGCUUGGCAGUCAGCACCCUCUGCUGGAGGAGCAGAGCAAGGACUCCGUGCUGGCUGUGCUCAAUGGGGCUUCCUCAACUCCCCUGACCCCAGAUCACAACCUCAAAAACUGGGCUUGUCAGAGGGGAGAUGAAGGCUCUGAAUCCUUGGACCCGGCUUCCUCGGCGACAGACUCUGACAUCACAAGAUCACCUGAGUGUCCCCAGGAGCCUGAUUCACACCCGGAGGAGAUGGAGAGUUCUUUUAAGAUGAUUUCUCAGGAUCCCCAGACCUCAGCCCUAACUCCUCAAGAAUCAGACCCUACUGCGGAGACACAUGGGUCUCCGGAGAAGACCAGCCACAGAGUCUCUCUCCAGGGCCCCAUUGUCUUGGCCCCACCACAGGGUCCAGAGAUGAGAACUGAGGUGCAGGAGACUGGAAACAGGGAGGUUCUCCAAGGGGAACUGGUGCCUGAGGCCCAGGUCCCGAAACAGGAGAGUCCUCAGUGCAGGCCCAGAUCUUCAGAGUUCAAACUCCGGGAGCCGCGGAAGGAUCAGGAGACGCUGGAUCAGGAGGGGCUAGAACCGCCCAAGCAUCAGGCAGAGACAGGAGAGCAUGGACAGAGGCCCAAGGGGCUGGUCAGUUCACAAGUCCCUCAGAAACCGCCGCAGACAUCAGAAGAGGCUCCCGAUGCCUGGUUCAGGGAGGAGUCAAUCCUAGGAGAGACCCUGGUCUGUGCUGUCCCAGAGGAGCAGGCCCUCAGAGAGGAGGUGGCACAAUUAAGAAGGGAGGUUGUGGACCUUGAGGCUAAACUACAGGCCCAGGCCCAAAGACUGGAGGCCCGAAGUGCAGAGGCCUUCUGCCUCUCUGAGGAGCUGGCCCAAGCACGCAGAGCAGAGGCAGAGGCACACCAGGAGGCAGAGACCCAGGCCCGGGAGCAGGCCCGUCUGCGUGAAGCCCUGGACACAGCUAGCCUGGAGCUGGAAGCUGCGUCUCGAGAACGGGAGGCACUGGCAGAGGCACUAGCAGCUGCAAGCCGUGAGCGAAGGCAGUGGGAACGUGAGGGGCCCAGGCUGCGGGCUCAAGCUGAGGCCGCUGAGCAGCAGGUGCAGACUCUGGAGAGCCAGGUCCGUCGUCAUCUGGAGGAGGUGGAGAGGGAGCAUCUGGAGAACCAAGACCUCAGGGAGGAGCUAGAGAAGGCUGUGGUACGGGGCCAGGAGCUGGGGGCCCGGCUGGAGCAUCUGCAGCGAGAGCUGGAACAGGCAGCCUUGGAGCGCCAGGAGUUCCUUAGAGAACAGGAGAGCCAGCACCAGAGGUACCAGGGCCUGGAGCAGCAACUGGAAGCUGAGCUGCAGGCAGCGACAACCAGUAAGGAGGAGGCAUUGAUGGAGCUCAAGGCCCGAGCCCUGAAGCUGGAGGAGGAGCUGAUUCAGCUGCGACAGUACCAUGUGGGGCUGGCGACAGAGGUGAGAGCUGAGCCUCCGACUGUGGAGACCCAGAGUGGCCGGCUCAUCGAGGUGGAGCGAAGUAAUGCCACACUGGUGGCCGAGAAGGCGGCUCUGCAGGGGCAGCUGCAGCACCUGGAGGGGCAGCUAGGGAGCCUGCAGGGCCGGGCACAGGAGCUCCUGCUACAGAGUCAGCGGGCACAGGAACACAGCAGCCGCCUGCAGGCUGAAAAGUCUAUGAUGGAGAUGCAGGGCCAGGAGUUGCACAGGAAGUUGGGGGUGCUAGAAGAGGAGGUGCGGGCAGCAAAACGGGCCCAGGAGGAGACUCGUGGGCAGCAGCAGGCUUUGCUUCGAGACCAUGAGGCCCUGGCCCAGCUGCAGCGGAGACAAGAGACCGAGCUGGAGGGACUGCUGGUACGGCACCGAGAUCUCAAGGCCAAUAUGCGCGCGCUGGAGCUGGCCCAUCGUGAGCUGCAGGGCCGGCAUGAGCAGUUACAGGCCCAGAGGGCCAGUGUGGAAGCACAAGAGGUGGCCUUACUGGCUGAGCGUGAGCGCCUGAUGCAGGAUGGGCAAAGGCAGCGGGGCCUGGAGGAGGAGCUGCGGAGACUUCAGAAUGAGCACGACAGAGCUCAGAAGCUGCUGGCUGAGGUGUCUCGCGAGCGAGGGGAGCUCCAGGGUGAACGUGGGGAACUGCGGGGCCGCCUGGCGAGACUGGAACUGGAGCGGGCACAGCUGGAGAUGCAGAGCCAGCAGCUGCGUGAGUCCAACCAGCAGCUGGACCUGAGCGCCUGUAGGCUGACAACACAGUGCGAGCUGCUGACCCAGCUUCGCAGCGCCCAGGAGGAAGAGAACAGGCAGCUGCUAGCUGAGGUACAGGCCCUGAGCCGGGAGAACCGAGAGCUGCUGGAGCGCAGUCUGGAGAGUCGCGACCACCUGCAUCGAGAGCAGCGAGAGUACCUGGACCAGCUUAACGCCUUACGCAGGGAGAAGCAGAAGCUGGUGGAGAAAAUCAUGGACCAGUACCGCGUCCUGGAACCUGGGCCCCUGCCCCGCACCAAGAAGGGCAGCUGGCUGGCAGACAAGGUGAAGCGGCUGAUUCGGCCCCGGCGGGAGGGGGCCCUCCAUGGGGGGCCGCGCCUGGGGGCCGAUGGGGCUGGCAGCACGGAGAGCCUGGGGGGCCCCCUGGAGACGGAGCUCCCUGAGGGCAGGGAGGCAGAUGGGACAGGGUCCUCGUCACCGGCACCCAUGCGCCGUGCCCAGAGCUCUCUCUGCUUGGGAGAUGAGACCCUGGCAGGUGCGCAGCGGCGGAGACUCAGCUCCCGGUUUCCUGUCGGGCGAAGCUCUGAGUCAUUCAGUCCAGGGGACACCCCAAGGCAGCGAUUCCGACAGCGCAGGCCAGGCCCCCUGGGGGCACCCAGUGCCCAUAGCAAAGGAUCUGGUGUGGAAUGGGAUGGCUCCAUUAAGACCCUCCCGGAACAUGAAACAGAUGCCAGUCGAGAGGCCCUCCAGGAGCAGAAACCGGAGAAACAUCCCCUUACCCCUUCCCUCAGCCAGUAACGCUGAGAGGACAGGAGGCUUAGGAGUGCAGCCUCCUCCUCAUUGUACCAUCGGUGGGUCUCCCAGGCAACCCAAGUGCCAGGGUACCCAGGUACCUCAAGAAGAGUCCUUGAACAGAGAGGCCUGGACUCCCAGGCCCCCCACAACCUGUACUGGGGCCCUGCAAAGGAACUGGGACAAGUCUGUGGGCAGGGACUAUGACUGGUCCCAACAGGUGGCUCAUGUCCGGGGCUCUUGCUCUGUCACACAGCCAUCAUUGAGGAGACGAUCUCUAGGGGAUGUCCCAGCUGAAGGAGGAUGGCAAGAGUGGGCAAGAGAGCCCUCUGCCUGUUCUAGAUGGGACGUCAAGGCCCAUUCCCUGGGGACAAGCCUAGGCUGAUAUCUAAGCCUUGCUGGGGACACGCAGGAGAGGAAAAUAAAGCUAUAAUCCUUUGAA